AUGACACGGGGGCCUUCCCCGUUAGAGACUGCGGGUUGCUGCAGCCCUUACGCAGCAGCAGCAACAGCAGCAGCAGCAACAGCAGCAGCAGCAGCAACGCAAGAAGCAACAGCAGAUGGGAGUCUUCAGCUGUACGCUCACCUCCGAAGGAAAUGCAUCGAAGCGAGGGCCUUUAAGGAUCCUCGGGCAAUGCUGCUGUACGCGGAGGUCCUCGUAUGUCUUGCGCAUCCUGGCGGUGGUGUGGGGGCCCCAGGGAAGGAGUCUGCUGCUGCUGCUGCUAAGAAAAUGCUGCAGCAGAGAGGCAUUCGCUCUGUCUGCUGCUGCUGCAGCAGCAGCGACUCAGCAGCAGCAACAGCACCAUCAACAGCAGCAGCAACAGCAGCUCACCAGACGGUUCCCGCAUCUGAAGGAUGUAACAGCAGCAGCAACAGCAGCAAUAACAACAAUGACAGCAGCAGCAGCAGCAGAAGAGACAAAGGAGACGACGGGGGUUGCUGCAGCGCCCCGGCAGCAAAGCCUUCUCCGAGCAACAGCACCAAAAGCAUCAGCAACAGCAGCAACAGCAGCAACAGCAGCAGCGAGUGUCUUCACCUUGACAGCCUUCGUUUGUUUGCUGAGGCGCUGCUGCGAGGACGAGACAUCCUUCGUUUGCUGCAGCAGCUGCUGCAUGCAUUCAGGCGGUGGACCUUCAAAGACCCGCUGCUGCUGCUGCUCGCAGCAACAGCUCAUAUGGAGACAGGCAGCAGCGAAGGGCUAUCUAAAGGAUGCGAUUUGCUGCAGAAGACGCGCAGCAGCGUUUGGGGGUCUUCUCCUCUAGCACACGACAUACAGGUGAAGUUAGGGUUUGCGUUGGAUCGUCUGGGAUGCGCUGAGGGUCUGGCGGAGCUGCAGGCGGCGUUUUGUUUAAACCCUCUUCGGCCGAAGCUUUUAUUUCUUUUGUUUGGAUCGGGGAUCCUCACCUACAAACAAGAAGCAGCACUUCUUGCUGCUGCUGACUUCAGCAGCUGCAGCUGGGCCCUGCACCUCGCUGUUACUUUGUCUUCUGCUGCUGCUCGGACGGUAACUCUUCCCUUUCCCAGCAGCAGCAGCAGCAGCAGCAGCAACAGCAGAAGCAGCAGCAGCAACACGGGCAGGCAUUAUGGGGAAACCCCGUUGGAGUUGCUGGCUUUGGUGCGUCAGGAAAGACAGCAGCAGCAACAGCAGCAACAGCAACAGCAACAGCAGCAGCAGCACGGAAAUAAGUACAAGGCGGAGGAAGAGCAAGACAGGGGUUUGCUGCUGAUUAGGGAUUGCGAGCAGCAGGUGCAGCAGCAGCAGCAGCAGCAGCAAGACCAGCAGCAGCAGCAGCAGCAACAGGAAUUGCUGCAGAGCCCAGCGCUUGCUGCUGUUGCGUGUCGCUAUCCGACGAGUUUGCUGCCUCCUCUCUGCAGAUUCUCGCAGGCGUUGGAGGUGUUGAGUGAAGGGCUGUACGCGGCUCCUGUCUUCAUCAGCUGCUGCAUGCAGCUCGGGAAGACAUCGGAUUUGCUGCUGCUGCUGCAGCGCCUGCGGCAGCACAAGGGCUCUGAUGACUUGCGCUUCUACGCGGAAGGGGUGUUUUUAAUGAUGAGGUCGCAGUACGCAGAGGCAAUCGCCGCCUUCAGGCGAAGCCUAUCGUUUGGAGGCGGAUCUCUUUGUUCUGUUUGCUGGGGUUUAAACCAUCUUUGCUUGGGCCAUUGCCUUAGUGCUGUUGCGCUGCAGCAGCAGCAGCAGCAGCAGCAGCAGCAGCAAGCUGCUGCUGCUUACCAGGAGGCUUCAAGACAUAUGCCGGGUGCCUUGAGGCCCCGAGACCCUCGCGCAUGUUAUGAGCUCUCCACAGCACUACUGAAUGCAAACAGAGUGGAGGAGGCGCUGCCCCUGGCGCAUGCAGCAGCAGCUGCUGCUGCCAGCACCCCCUUUGCGUUUGCUCGGCAUCUGGUGAACGUACACCUGGCGAGGUGCCUGCUGCGGAAGGCUGUCUCCCCCUCUUCGAAUGAUGAGGAGUACAUAAAGUUGGUGUUGGAGGCCUACGAUCUGCUGCAGCAGCACGUAGAGGCAGCAACUUGCCGCUGCAGCGACAGCAGCAGCAGCAGCUGCUGCAUUGGCUGCUGCAGAGAAGCCCACAGGUUGCUGCGCGCUUGCCGCAUCCUUAUGGGCGCCGUAGAAAAUUCCUCUGCAGAAGCAGCAGCAGAACCGGCAGCAGCAGCAGCAGCAGCAGCAGCAGCAGCAGCAAGAUACCCACUCCCAGAGGCAAUGCUACAAGAUUGCAAAUAG